ACCAAAAACUCUUGCUUAAGUCGCACUACCCACACACAGCAAUAUGUCAGUGCUCUGCACGUGCUGCACUUCACGUUUCGACCGAGGAUGGUGUGCAGUUUUUUGUUGCUGUUCCGUCGUUGUAUUCCUUCUGGAACAAACCGAACGAACAUCCGCUGCUAAAGACGCUGAGACCCACAACUUAGCGACCCCGGCUGCAGUAGGGGCGAAAGCAUAAAAAGGAAUAAAACAAGCAUAGCUCGGACAUAAUGAGAGCAUAGGAAAUUUCCACUCACCACAACGAUACCGGGCACCAACACCAAGUCCGCGGAUCGGUGGUUGUCAUGUUUCGGUCAUGUUUUAGGUGGGGAUUACCCCAGCAUUUUCUCGCCGAUGUCCCCAGCGAUCGCAGCGUAGCACGGUGAAUUCCGGCGGCUCUUCUGCCUUUCUGGCAAUUUCAUCGACCGAUCCGUGCCGUGGUGUGUCGGUAAGGUUUGUGUCUGUAUCUGUACGGGGAGUCCCCAACGAACUUCGCGUGUGUGCGGUUGGAAUGCGUUGGGUGCGAAAAACGGAUCGUUUUCCUUCAUACGUCGCCUGACAAACCUCCUUUAAGAGCCUUCGCAUUUUUUUUUGGUUUGGCGCGUCUUUGAUCGGUGGUUCAUUGGUGCUAUUGACAAAGCAACUUAAUGUUUCGAAAAACAGAUAAAAUCUUCACAAAAAACCCAAAAAAUGAGCGCGUGAUGUAGCGUCAGCAGAGAGUACGAUAACUAAGAAGAUCUUUUUUAGGACCAGGUCCCUUACAUCGGCUUGGGGACAUGUUUGGGACAGGUUCAACGCAAGCGUAUAGCACACAUUUCUCGAUACAGUACGUUCGGCGGAGCGGACUCCACAAGUCCACCGUGCAAGAUCUCACUGCCGAUCGCUCAAUGCUCGGCUAUUUCGCUCUGUUUGCGCAUGGGACCGAUUGCGCGCUGUUCGCUGCCACGUGUGAAGGUGUUAGUGAACGCUCGAGUGUCUCACUAGUCUCGUAUCAAAGCAUACUAUCGAGACAGAAAUGCUAUAUAAGCUGUCUCGAAUCUUGCGCCCCUUUUCAAACCUUAUCGGCAGCGCGCGAAACUCGCGGCGUUCGAAUGUAACAAUUGUCUGCACAGGUGAACGGAGCCAUUUUUUGUACAUUUUUUUGUUGUUGCUUCGUUCGAUGCGUUUUGUUGUCGAACACUAGCGUGCCCACAGUACAUCGCACAGUUAGCGAAUCGUGAAUUACAUCAGCUGGUUCCGUCAGUGACCGUGAGAAGUACCAAAGUUUCUGGAGCAACAUUGAGUGCCGUUUAUCAAUAAUUCAAACCCAACUGCGGGGGUUUGAACCUUGACAUACGCGGGCAGAAAAAAAAACAGUGUUGUUAGAACGUAUGUGAGGGACUAUUGGCAGAAGACCCGAAUGGUGCAUAUAGUGAAUUGACAAACUGCAGAAAGAGUGCUACAAGUGGCGACUACGAGUGAAAGUGAACCGCACAGUUUACCGUGCAUGAUUUGACGUGAAAAGCAUAGUGUGUGGAGUGAUCGGUGUGCCACUGCAAGAUAUUGAUUCACCAAGGAAAGGUGAAUAGUAGAUCGAAACUCUGAGGAGGUUCGGUUUGAAGCAAACCAAGGAAUUUACUGUCCGAAAAUGAGCACCGGUGGUGGCGGCGGAGGCGGUGGCAGUGGAUCCGGCCCCAUGGGCCGUAUCGUCGACAAGAUCAAGAGAACGAUGACCAACGAGGGAGGAGAUGAGAUCCGUGAUCCGCUGCAGUACGGCUAUCAGCGUGUUAAUACCGCUGAAGGAUCACUAUCGACCUCCACGACAGCAACCAGCCUGGACACGAUCGUGCUCGAUACCAACGCGGAGGACCUGGCCAGUGUACCACCGCGCGGGCUCGCAUCACAUCAGCCGCAACGGACCUUCAGCCCAAUACUCGAGACGGACGACACGAAUCCAUUUCUCGAGGCGGGCGAAAAAGCGAAAUCCAAAUCGUCACUCAAGAGUUCGCGCGUAUCGUUCGACCAGGAGGAGGACCGGUUCGAUGAGGAUGAAAACAGCUUCCGUAAGCAGCGGGAACACUUUCAGAAGCACAAAAGUCACAGUACAUCCGAACACAAGACACAGUUAAUUAAGGAACUGCGACACCUGCUAGCGACCGACAACAGACGACAGUUCCAGGGCAAGAAGCAUGUAUCGCUCGAUGUGAAAAGCGCCAAGGUACUCGAGCAGCUCCUGAAGGCUUCCUCGUCGUCGGACGAUUUCGAGGGGCAAAGGAAGGAGUUCCAGGAGCGCAAACACAAGAGCCUCGAUGCGCGGCACAUUUCGUUCAAGUUCGACAAAGAACCGUCCCCGUCCAGCAGCGAUGAGGAUUUUGAACCCUCCACCAGUCUGCUGAGGAUUGACGCCGACAUUACCAAGCCCGUCAUCAUUGACCUGAAGGAUCUAGAUUCGAGCGACGAGGAGGACUACAUCAGCUCGCGCAAACAUUUCCAGCAGUCCAAGUCCAUGAGCACCGAUUCGCGGAAAAGCAUCCGCUUUCUGGAGAUGGAAAUGGGCACUAAGGAGGAAAACAUGCGUACCGCUGUACCGUUCGUGCGGCAGAUCACGGAGGAAGGCAAACCGAAGCUGGAGGUUUACCGACCGACCACAAAUCCCAUCUAUAUCUGGACACAGGUACUCGCUGCCCUUUCGGUGUCGCUCGGAUCCAUGGUGGUUGGAUUUUCGUCCGCCUACACCUCACCCGCCCUAGUAUCGAUGACGGAUCGCAACAUUACAUCCUUCGAAGUGACGGAACAAUCGGGCUCCUGGGUCGGUGGUAUCAUGCCUCUUGCCGGUCUGGCCGGUGGCAUUCUCGGUGGACCGAUGAUUGAGUAUCUUGGGCGCAAGAACACCAUCCUGGCGACGGCAACACCCUUCAUCAUAUCCUGGCUCCUGAUCGGGUGUGCCACCCACGUCGCAAUGGUACUCGUCGGUCGUGCCUUAUCCGGUUUGUGCGUCGGCAUUGCUUCACUAUCCCUGCCGGUCUAUCUCGGUGAAACGGUACAGCCGGAGGUGCGUGGUACGCUCGGUUUGCUGCCGACGGCAUUCGGUAACAUUGGCAUCCUGCUCUGCUUUGUCGCCGGCAAGUACCUCGACUGGUCCGGUUUGGCGUUUCUCGGUGCGACCCUGCCGGUCCCGUUCCUGAUACUGAUGUUCCUGAUCCCGGAGACGCCCCGUUGGUACGUGUCGCGCAACCGGGAAGAACGUGCCCGCAAAGCCCUGCAGUGGCUGCGCGGCCGGAAAGCGGACGUCGAGCCAGAGCUGAAGGGUAUCUCGAAGUCACACCAGGAAGCUGAACGGCACGCCUCCAGCAGCGCUAUGAUGGAUCUGUUGAAGAAAUCCAACCUAAAGCCGCUGCUGAUAUCGCUCGGGUUGAUGUUUUUCCAGCAGCUGUCCGGUAUUAAUGCGGUCAUCUUCUAUACGGUGCAGAUCUUCCAGAGCGCCGGCUCGACGAUCGACGAGAAGCUGUGCACGAUCAUUGUCGGUGUGGUGAACUUCAUCGCAACGUUCAUCGCGACGGUACUGAUCGACCGGCUCGGCCGCAAGAUACUGCUGUACAUCUCGGACGUGGCCAUGAUCAUCACGCUCAUGACGCUCGGCACGUUCUUCUACAUGAAGAACAACGGGGCGGAUGUGUCCGACAUUGGCUGGUUACCGUUGGCUGCGUUCGUCGUGUUUGUCGUGGGUUUCUCGCUCGGGUUCGGUCCGAUUCCGUGGCUGAUGAUGGGUGAGAUCCUGCCGGGUAAGAUUCGUGGCUCGGCUGCCUCCGUUGCGACCGCGUUCAACUGGAGCUGUACGUUCGUGGUGACGAAAACGUUUGCCGACAUUACCGCUUCGAUCGGUAACCAUGGUGCGUUCUGGAUGUUCGGUUCAAUCUGUGUCAUCGGUCUGGUAUUCGUGAUCAUCUACGUGCCGGAGACCCAGGGUAAAUCGCUUGAGGAUAUCGAACGCAAGAUGAUGGGUCGCGUGCGGCGUAUGAGCUCCGUCGCCAACAUUAAGCCACUGUCGUUCAACAUGUAAAUAGGCAAAUGCCUUUUGCGCGUCGUGUCGUGUGUGUCUAGGAUAGUUGGUGGAGCUCGAUUGGAACAAAACGGAGAUGCUCGCCGUAUGUGUAAUGUUUGCACACCAGACAUAGGAGGGGAGAGCAGCAUACAAGUACUAGAAUGUGAUAUGAUCCUAAAGAUUUUGUUUUGCCGUCACUGGCAGAAUUUACUCGAUUUCGUUUUGUAGGUUUUAGAGGCAUCCACCGCAUCAACCUUUCUAUUGAACGACACAAAAAAAACGUUACUCAUUCACUCCGAGAACGUUUCCCAGUUUUCUUGGUUUUCUCCUAGCAGACGUGUGGAGCUUCCACUUCAGACCAAAAAAAAAAAUACAAACAGAAAUACGGAGAUUCGAAGAGCACUAACAAAUAGCUCGAUAUAUUCCAAUCAAAUUGGACAACCUUAUAUAGAUGCUUACAGGGAGUGAUAUCAACCGCAGACACACAUUAUAAAUCGUGUGCUGGAAGAUCCAUUAAAAUGUGGCAAAUAUUCGCAGAAAUCGCACCUCUUCUUCGGGCAUUCAAUGAUCAAGGAUAGUGCCGGUAGCGCUGAGUAGAGUUUAUUUACUCAACGGGAACAAUUUCUACCAGAAAGGCCUGCAGGGAUGCAACUGUUUGCAAAGGCAGUAGUAAUAGUAAUAGUAGUCGCGGUAGUACCUCAUAUAUAAUGCAUGUUCCACCUGCAUUGGCGGUGCUUCUAAAGUAAUGUUAUGAUAUCGACGAUAAGUUUAACGAUCACAAUACAAACACUGCAAGGUGCAAGGUGCAGAAGACAUAUUUUAGUCUAGAAUAGAGAGCUGUGACAUUCGUUUCUUGCUUAUACGUCCCCGUUCCGUGCGGAUAGCGAAACAUUUACUCACAGAGGAGGAUUCCCUCUCCCCGUGUAGGUUUUAUCGUUUUUAGUUGUUUUAGAUACAUUAAUGGUUUAGUUUGGAGAAUAUUGCCUUCUUUUCUGCAGUAGUGAAACCCGCUAGCAGCUAGUGCCGGAUGCAAGUAGGUACGUAGUUGGGAGAAUACCCAAAGUCUUACAUAUAUUGUAACUAGGAAGCGCUUCUAUUACCUCGGUGUAAUCCGAACGGAACCUUCCCAAAAGCGAUUGUAUAUAGCAAACCGGGACAACAUAACUGGUAAUUAAAUGAAAUUAUUAAUCCUAAAGCCAGCCGUUUUGUUGCAGCACGACACAUGACACGACAAUUUGGAUCAGUAAAAAAAAAAUCGGUCGAGGGAACGAAAAUGGGAGAUAAUUUGAACGAAUCUCACUAUUGGAAUGCCUUUUUUUCGUCGAGAAUGUUACAUUAGAGUGGUUUCUCGAUUCUGUAUUCUUAUCUUGUUAAAAUUAUACUGACACUGAGGUUCCUUUUACGAAAGCAGGGAUGUUAAUAAUAUUUAUUGAAAUGCAGCAGCAAAUCCAAUAAGUUUAUGUUUUAGUAUUUCGUUGCCCUGAGAUUAGCUACGUAUCGUGUACAGGAAUCCGGAAUCGGAAAACAAAAACAAAAUUGUAUGAAAACGGAUUUAAUCACAAUCUUUGGAUGGGCAGUUCCGUAAGCCUAUCGGCGGUAAAAGAGCAUGCCGCAGGAAAGAUUGUUUUAUUUCAGUUUUUUUAUAAGAUGUAUAUUAGAGAUAGUGCACCGCAUAUUUUUGUAAUCGAACUGAACAAAGGAAAAUAAUAAAAUGACUAUUAAAUAGAAUACA